AUGGAAGAAGGGCAACUAACUCUAUCAGGGUCAAAGGCCAACAUCAAUGGAGCUUCAGGUGAUUGCGGUGACGUCAUAAACCCAAGCGGGUCCUCCUCCUCAGCCACCCUUGUUGUGGUUCUAAGCACAUUGGUGGCUCUCUCUGGUUCCUUCGGCUAUGGCUGUGCUAUAAGUUAUUCAUCCUCUACUAAAUCAGGAAUUCUGGAAGCCUUGGACCUUACUGUUGCAGCAUACUUAGUUUUUGGUUCAACAAUGACGAUUGGAGGAAUAAUUGGUGCACUAGUAAAUGGGAAGAUAACCGAUCUCAUUGGUCGUAGAGGCACAAUGUGGCUGUCUGAAACAUUCAAUGCUGCAGGAUGGCUUACCAUAGCAUUUGCACAGAAUGCUUGGUGGCUUGAUUUAGGACUGUUGUCAGUGGGAUUCGGUAUUGGUCUAAUUUGCCACGUGGUACCUGUAUACAUAGCAGAAAUAACACCCAAGGAUCUUAGAGGAAGAUUUACUUCAGCUACUUAGUUGAUGAUUCGUUGCGGCGUAGCAUUUGUGUUUUUCCUUGGAAAUGUCAUAACCUGGCGGACCUUGGCGGUUAUCAGUGCUAUUCCAUCUCUUGUACACAUUAUAGGCCGAUUUUUUAUUCCAGAGUCUCCAAGGUGGCUGGCCAAAAUUGGUAGGCACAAGGACUUUGAAGCAGCUCUUCGGCGUCUGAGAGGAAAGCAUGCCGACAUAUCUCAAGAAGCAGCUGAAAUCAUGGAUUAUACAGAAAUGUUUCAGCACCACUCGGAAAAAGUCCUAGACUUGUUCCAAAAGAGAUAUGCUUACUCACUCAUAGUUGGAGUUGGGCUCAUGUCACUGGAACAACUUGGGGGUUCCUAUGCAAUAACAUUUUACGCAAGUUCUAUAUUUGUAGAUGCAGGUUUUCCAAGUGACAUUGGAACUAUAUCAUCGUCUCUCAUUGAGAUACCUGGUGUUGCACUGAGUGUGCUCUUAACAGACAAAGCUGGAAGACGACCACUUCUAAUGGUUUCUGCAGGCGGAUUGUGCCUGUGUAACUUCCUUGUGGGCUUGGCAUUCUGCUUUCAGCAGGACCUCAACUUGUGGAAGGAGGUCACUCCCAUUUUGGUGUACAUUAGCUUGUUGGCUCAAUGUGUAUCAAACACAACAGGGAUGUCAGGAUUACCCUGGGUUAUUAUAUCAGAGAUAUACCCCAUAAACGUUAAAGGUUCAGCUGGAAGCCUCUCGAGUUUGGUAAAAUGGUCUUGUGCUUGGAUAGUAACAUACACCUUCAAUUUCAUGAUGGACUGGAGCUCGGCAGGAACAUUCUUCAUCUUCUCAGCCAUUUGCGGCAUAACACUUCUGUUUGUAGCAAAGCUGGUGCCGGAGACUAAGGGGCGAACCCUAGAGGAAAUACAAGCAUCAAUUGCCCAUUUCCACUGA